UAAUACCGUAUCAUUCGUUGGAGAAACCUACGGAGCUACGUAAAAUUCUCAACAACGGAGGUGACAAUCAGUGAUACUAGCGUGUGUUUUCGUGGCGCCGGUCCGCUGGAGGAACGAGCAGAACUACGUAAAAUUGUCCUGAUCGACGCAGUAGACAGUCAGUGCUUUUCACGCGUGUGUGUGGCCGUGGCGACUGUUCGCUGGAGAAUCUUCCAGACGAACAUACAAUUGUUUUGGUCGACACAGUAGACGAGCAGUGUCUCUCACGAGCGUGUGUUUGUGGCUACUGCUCCCUGGAGUAACGUGCGGAACUACGUUUAGCCGGUGCGUGUGAGACGUGCGCUGGCCGUCGUAGCGCGACGCCGGGACGUCGGCAUGCUGGCGGCGGCGCUCUGCUGCCGCUGGCGCCACCGCCGGCAUCGGCGCGUCGCCUUCCUCAAGAAGUCGCAGGUGUUUCCGGUGACGCCCGCCAAGGCAGGCGGAGACGACGCCAACAACAACAUGGGCCACGGCGUGGGCGAGCCGCCGCCGCACAGGGACUCACGCAGCACCACAGUCGAGGAGUUCGCCAUACCGCAGAAACCGGUGCUGGCUAGAGCUGGCAACGUCCGCCAGGACACAUCCAUACUGCUCACUGCUCCGCCGGCCUCUGUGAUGACGCCGCCGGCCGAGCUGUCGUUCCUGCCGCCGGUGGAGCCGCCGCCGAGCGCCGCAGUCAGCCCGCGGCCGCCGUCGGCCGCCACGCAGCUGGAGCUGGAGCUGGACGCGUCGCUGGACUGCCGCAGCCUAGACGAGGCGGAGGCGGCGCAGUCGCAGAUCCUGGAGCCGCCGCACUCCUCGGGCAGCUCCGCCGAGGCGGCGGCCGCCCUGCAGCAGUCGCACCGCUCUGCCAAGCUGCGCGCCCUCAGUGGCAAGGUAGCCGAGCCGGCGCGCCUCGCCUGUCUGUCCCACUCGCAAAUAGGUCGGGGCAAAACUGGCCGCCUGAACCCCUCAGCCUUCCUCUACUCCUUCUUUUACUCCGGCUCUACAAUAAUUCUCCGCCACUUAUCACGAUCCAACACUCAAACCUUCCAUCCACUACAGCCCAGUCCUGCUCCUCCGUGA